AUAAGGCACAGAGUAUAAAAUGACUCGUAAUUAGAACGCCGAAAAGCAAAAAUGAAGUUAGUUUUUAUCUUCUGUAUUUGUUUUGCCACGGCUUUGGCUGUACCAGCGCCAGUACCAGAUCAUGAUCAAGACGAUGACCAAUUCGACGAUCAGGAACAACAAUUCAGGAGAAGAUUACAAACCCUCAGUUUAAGUCUCUUCGAUGAUUCUGACAGAAUAAAGAAUGGAGACCGCGAUGACAUCAGAGAUCAUAAUGACAUAAGACACCAUGAUGACAGAAGGGACCGUGAUGACAGGAGAGACCGCGAUGACAGAAGAGACCGUGAUGACAGGAGAGACCGCUACGCUUGGAGGGAUCGUGAUGACAGAAGAGAGCGUGAUGACAGACGGGAUCAUGAUGACAGAAGGGACCAUAAUGACAUGAUAGACCAUGAUGACAGAAGAGACCGUGAUGACAGGAGAGAUCAUAACCGUGACGUACACGACCGUAAUGACAGGCGAGAUCACGACGAUAGGAGAGACCGAGAGCAUAACCAACGCGAUCGUGAUGACAUAAGAGACCAUAGCGUCCAACGGGAUCGCGAUGUCCAACGCUUAUUAGACCUCCAACGUCUACAUCUCGCUCAAAGGGAAGGCGACGAUGUACAUCACCAGGACCGAAACGAUCAAGAUCGGGACGAUAAUCAUGAUCGUGAUGACAAUGACGCUCUAAGGAAAUCUCAUGCGGAUUUGAUAUCCAACGUACUCAGCCAUCUCACUAAUAAAUAUCAAGAUCGUGGUUCUCUGAAAAUUUCAUACAACCCGCAAAAUCCAUUGUCACUAGCCCCUAAAGUCUACGAUUUAGGCAGCCUGAGCUUCAAAUACCAGUAUGCGCCAGCAGCGCUUAUGCACCAUGGAAUGGUAGGAGAUUGUCAACAUCACCAGCCAGCCACUCCAGCGUUGAAGAGCCCUGCCAACAGUGAGCUAGCAUUACAUGGACUUGCCCUGAGAGAGCGUGAUGACGCUGACGAUGAUGAUGAUAAAUAACGGCAAAUUAAAAACACAAGACGACUCAAGACCACGCUUUAGUAUAACGGCCAUCGAUAUUGGUUAGAUUAUUAUUUUUACUACUUAUUUCCUACUUCAAAUCGCUAAUAAAGAGCAACGCUGUACGGCAUUUA